AUGGCCCUCUCCGGAUCAGACACCCCAGAAACCAGCUACGUCAUGCGGGACCGAACAGACGCCAGCCUCGUCGGCAAGCACUGCCAGUACGACUACUGCAACCAACUAGAUUUCCUACCGUUUUCAUGCCAAUCAUGCUCCAAAACAUUCUGCCUGGACCAUAGAACAGAGUCAUCACACCACUGCACCAAUCCCGGUGCCUGGGCGGAGCGCAAGCGCCUGGCCAACCUCGCCAGACCCUCGAUAGGCCAGGGCAAGGUCCUGCGGGACAAGGUAUCGCAAAAGCCAUGUGCAUCACCAGAGUGCAAAACGGUUGUAGGCACAUCCCUCACACCAGGCGUGCACUGCCAAAAAUGUAAUCGCGACUACUGCUUGAAACAUCGUCUCCAGGAGGACCACAACUGUAAGAAUCUGGUGCCUGUUGGCGCGCGGCUGCCUCAGAUUGAUGUUGCGGAGAAGACGCGCUCAGCGUUUGACAGGCUUCGAGCUUGGGGCUCGGCUAAGAAGGAGCAAGCUGGACGGGUUCUGCCAAAGGCGAAGCCGACGUCUACUUCGGCGCGGUUGGUCGCUGUAAACAAGCUCAAGAAGACGGCCAAGGGCGACGAGAAGCUUGCGGUGGAAAAGAGAGUGUAUCUCUACGUGGAGGCCGAGGCAGAGACGACAAAGGCCAAGUUCCCCAAGGGCCAGUUCUUCUAUUCGCAAGACUGGGUGGUUGGCCGUGUGCUGGAUGCAGCGGCAAAGAGCCUGCAGGUGCAGAAUGUCAAUAACCAGAGCUCGAAUGAGGAGGACAAGUUGCGGGUGUUUCAUGUGGAGGGCGGUCGAUUACUGGAGUUUAAUGAAAAGGUUGGAGGUGCAUUGCAGAGCGGGAAUACGAUUGUCUUGUUGCGAGGAGUUGGGGCGCCGCCAGAGUUGAUUGAGAUGUAA